AUGAAGAUAGUACCGCCGAACUUCGGUUACGUUGAAGAACGCAUUUUUCGCUGUGGUGCACCAGAGCCGUGCCACUACAGCUUCUUGGCCUCCCUGAAGCUUCGUACCUGUGUUCUGCUGACUGACAGCCACGACGAGGCAUUUGUGCGCUGGCUUCGCGAAACGGGUGUUCGAACGGUGUGCCCGCUUUACGAUGACUCCAAACCGGGUAAUCUCGGCGAUGAAAUGGGUGGCGUCAGCUACCACAGCGGGAGUAUGACACUUUCAGAACCUGUUGUUGUGGACAUUCUGCAUGUGCUUCUCGAUCCCAUCAACUACCCCUUAUUGCUGACGUGCAGCAUGGGUCGGUACCGCACCGGCAUCGUCUGUGGGUGCCUGCGCAAGCUACAGGGGUGGAAUUUGGUGUCAAUAUUGGAGGAGUAUAGGCGGUAUGCACAAGAGAAGAGCCGCUCGGAUAACGAGGAGUUCAUUGAGCUCUUUGACAAGGACCUGGUGAGCCUUGAGCUCAAGGGCGGGCGCAAGCCAACGAUCCUCUACGAUGUGUGA